AAUGGGGUCAUGCUGUACUUGAUUUAUUUAAGCAAGGAGAACCUACAAAGGUUCAAGCAGCUUUUGCUGGAAGAGAUCCCCAGGCCAGGCUCCAUCCCCAUCACAUGGGACCAGGUGCAGAUGGCCAGGUGGGCGGAGGUGGCUCAUCUCCUGACGGAAUGCUUCCCGGGACGACUAGCUUGGGAUGUGACUCAUGACAUCUUCUCCAAGAUGAACCAGACGGAGCUGUGUCUCCGGGUACAGAUGGAGCUGAACGACAUUUUACCUAACUUGAAACCAGAGACCCUGAAGCCGAGAGACAUGCAAGUGAAUCUGGAGGAGGAUGAAUCUGGUAAAAUACAGGAGUACAAACAACGUGUGAUGGAUGAGUAUUCAACCCUGCUGGACAGGACGACUUGGCCGGGGAACCACACGGACUUCUUUUAUCAAGACGUCUGCAGGGAGGAAACAUUCCUACCCUGUCUCCUUCUUCCCAGAAGACCUCAAGGCAGACAGCCUAAGACCGUGGUCCUUCAAGGGGUCGCCGGGAUUGGGAAGACAAGCCAGGCCAAAAUGGUGAUGUCAGCAUGGGCGAAAAACAGGUUCUACCCCCACAAGCUCUGGUUCGCUUUCUACAUCCACUGCCGGGACUCAGACCAGGUGGAUGAGCAGAGCUUCUGCGAGCUGAUUGCAUGUAAGUUGUCUGGGACCCAGGCUCUGGCAUCUAAAAUCCUAUCCAAGCCAGACCAACUUCUGCUGCUCUUGGACGGCUUCGAGGACCUCACGUGGACCCUCACGGAUAGACCCGAGGACCUGAGUGAAGACUGGAACCGGAAGUUGCCUUGGUCUGUCCUCCUGACUAGUUUGCUAAGCAAAAGGAUGCUUCCUGAGGCCACGCUCCUGAUCUUCCUGAGGUUCCCCUCUUGGAAGAACGUGAGUCCCUUUCUGAAAUGCCCCUCCGUGAUCACCCUGACGGGGUUUAGCGUGCCUGAGAGAACCAGGUAUUUCAGGACGUACUUCGGAAAUGAGAACGAAGCCGAGGAAGCCUUGGGUUUUGUCAUGGGAAACACGAUUCUCUUUUCCAUGUGCCAGGUCCCCGUGAUCUGCUGGCUGGUGUGUUAUUGUCUGAAGCAGCAGAUGGGGAGAGGGGCCAAUCUCCCACAGACCUAUCCAAACGCCACCGCUGUCUUCGUCCACUAUCUUUCCAGCUUGUUUCCAACCAAGGCCAAACACCUUUCCCAAAAGACCCACCAAGAACAGCUGAAAGGCCUGUGCUCCUUGGCCGCAGAGGGCAUGUGGGAAAGGAGAUGGGUGUUUAAUAAGACACACCUCAAGCUGGCCAAGCUGGAUGAAACGGACGUCGCUACUUUCCUUGGCCUGAGCAUCUUUCGAAGGGUGGCGGGCAAGGAGGACCUUUACGCCUUCACCCUCUUGACCUUCCAGGAAUUUUUUGCUGCCUUGUUGUAUGUUCUCUGCUUCCCGAAAAGACUCAGGAACUUCCACGCUUUGGACCAGUUUUACAUCCUACGCCUGAUAGCGCAUCCCGGGAGAAAGAGAAACCAUCUCGCCCAGAUGGCGCUUUUCUUAUUUGGCCUUUUCAAUGAAACAUGUACCCUCGCCGUGGAGCAGCGGUUCGGAUGCAAAGUGUCCUGGGGUAAUAAGAAGAAAUUGCUGAAAACGGCAUCCUUGCCCCACGAGAGUGACCUGCCUACCCUACACCACGGGGUCCCGCAGCUAUUCAACUGUCUGCACGAAAUCCAGGAGGAGGCCUUUGUGAGUGAGACCCUGAGCGACUGUCGCAGAGCCGUUUUGGUCGUCAACAGGAACAAAGACAUGCAGGUGUCUGCCUUUUGCCUGAAGCGCUGUCGACGUUUGCAGGUGUUAGAACUGACUGUUAACCUGAUUGUCACCAAAGCGGGCCAGUUCUACACAGACUCCCCUCCUUGCUCUGAAUCAGAAGGCCAUGAAAGGAGUUCCCUCUGGUGGCAAGAUUUCUGCUCCAUCUUCAAGACCCUUGAGAACUUGGAAGUCCUGGCUGUGACACACAGCACCGUGGAUGCUGACUCGUUGAUGGUUCUUUCUUCAGCGCUGACACACCCACACUGUAAGCUCCAGAAGCUGAUCUUUCGGCAUGUGAGUCCCCUCAUGCUGAACGAAGAUUUAAUCAGAGUCUUGGUGGAAAAUCAGCACCUGAGAUCCUUGGAAAUACAAGCCACGGAGGUGAGGUGCCAGGUCAUGGAGUUUCUGUGCCAUACCUUGAAACAUCCGCGGUGUUUCCUGCAGUGUCUGAGGUUGGAAGAUUGCCCUUUCUCCCCUAAAAAUUGGGCCGAUCUUGCGAGGAAUCUCAAAAGUAACAUUCACUUGAAGACUCUGAUGCUGAGACGUAGCUCCCUGGAGAAGGGUGAGCCAUGUCACCACCUGGCAGUGGCCCAACUGGAGAGGCUGGCGUUGGAGAAUUGUGACCUCACAUUACUUUCCUGUAAAAGUCUUAUCUAUUCACUGGAGAGUAACAAGAAUCUGACCCAUCUCAGCUUGGCCAAAAAUUCCUUGAAGGAUGAUGGGGCAAAGCAGCUUUGGGAUGCCUUGCAACACACUCGACAUCCUCUGCAGAGGCUGGUGCUGAGAAAUUGUGCCCUGACCUCUGAUUGCUGUCAGAAUAUGGCUUCUGCUCUCAAUAAGAACAAAACCUUGAGAAGUCUGGACCUUGGCUUUAACAGCCUGAAGGACGAUGGGGUUAUCAUGCUCUGUCAGCCCCUGAUGGACCCUGACUCUGGCUUACAGGUUCUAGAACUGGAAAACUGCCUGUUCACCUCCAGCUGCUGCGAGGCCAUGGCCUCCAUGCUCCUCAGCAACCAAAGCCUGAGAUACCUGGACUUGAGCAAGAAUGACAUUCAAUGCCAUGGCGUACGGUUCCUGUGCGAGACCACUCAGAAGAAGAAGGGCAAAGUCAAGGUCAUUCUGGAGAAGAAACAGAGUGAUGGGGUGGAUAUGAUGCGAAGGCUGGAGGGGCCAGUGGUGAAGAACGAAAUCCUGCAGAUAGUUCAAGACUGGAAUUCUGAGUACUGUGCUGAGGUGGCCUGGGCGAAUUGAUCAGGGGACCCCCUGGAUGGCCUUUUCUCCCCUAAUGAAAAACUGGGAGGUGGUUGUCUCCUGUGGGCCAUUCUGAGUCUGGAAGGGCUCGGUUAGUCCUGGGGAAAUGGUGUAGGGCAUGACCUCCAAACAGCUCCCUUGGAGAUUCCGAGGGUCAUGUGUCAGACAUAGACGUGUCACUGCACUGGGGGCAACACAGCAGGGGGAGAUCCAGCCCCCUUCUACUCCUGGCUUUGAGAUGUCUGGAAUGUGUCAUGUUAAUGUUGUCUCAGGAAUCUCUGACUCACCUACGGGAGUGCUGGGGAGAAUUUAAUUAAA